ACCCAUGACCGAGAUUUGCCAACUGCAUUACGCAGGACUGGACACCUUUAUCAAUGGUAAAUGCUGAGAAAGUCAUUAUAAUACAUAGUAAUAAUAGUACAUUGAUAUUGAGGCACUGAUGAACGACAGGGCUGUUUUUCCAGAGACUCGUGGACGGCAAUACAUAGUGAAGCAGGGCAAUGGAAGUGGGCAGGCAACUGUUGGUAAAGAUGAGGAUGAAGAGGAAGGGCGAGUUCACCUCAGUUCCUGUAAUAGCGCAGGGCCUCGAGGUCCAUCUCUACCUGGAAGACUCUCCCCGGCUGGAGUUUCUCCGGGGUUGUUACACUGCUGAGGAGCUGUGCACAAAGGCAGCUAAGAAGUCCGGCAUUUCCCCUCUUUGCUGCAAUUUGUUUGCCCUGUAUGAUGAGGUCAGGAAAAUCUGGUUCCCUCCUAAUCACACCUUCAAGGAAAGCAGCCGCUUAAAGCUCCACUAUCGCAUGAGGUUCUACUUCACCAACUGGCAUGGUGCGAAUGAGAGUGUGCCACGUGUUUGCAGACACGCCCUCAAGAGAAAGAACAGCAAUGGUCCGAAGACCGAACCAGAGGGUAAUCCCCUCCUUGACACUGCCUCACUGAAGUAUCUGUUUGCCCAGGGUCAGCAUGACUUCCUGAAGGGGUGGGCCACACUGUGUAACCCUCAGAAUGAAGAGGAGGUCCACUAUAUUGAGAAUGAGUGCCUGGGGAUGGCAGUGUUGUCUAUCUCACACCAUGCCCUGGACAACAACAUCGUCAUCCCUGGUGUAGCAGGGCAAAUCAGCUAUAAGAAAUAUAUCCCAGAUAGAGUGAACCAAAUCAUCAAGCAGCGGAACUUCCUGACACAACUCCGUAUCUCCCGGGUGUUCCAGGACUUCCUCAACGAGUUCAACAACAAGACAGUGCAGAGCGACAACGUCAGCACCCACGACAUCAAGGUCAAAUACCUAGCUACAUUGGAAACUCUGACCUGUGGGUUCGGCUGUGAGGACUACGAGCCCAAAGUGCUCCGUGUGAUGGACAGCGAAGGGGAGAUCCAAGGAACACCCACUUCCUGUAACCAGGGUCAGCCCACCCAGUACCAAGUCCUUGUGUCUGGAAAUACAGGGAUCAAGUGGCGGAGGAAGCAACAGAAUGUGACCAAUGCAUGGACUGCCAAAGAGAAGAAAAAAUCCCCAAAGCACAAAACCAACAUCAACUGGACGAACAAACCACCUGAAGGCGUUUCGAACGAAUGGAAAACCUUCUCUGACUUCCAUGAGAUCACACACAUCAACAUCAAGGGCUCCACAGUCACUGUCCACAAGCAGGACAACAAAAAAAUGGAACUGAGCCUGGUUUUCCACGCAGAGGCGUUGUCUUUUGCCGCCCUUAUUGAUGGAUACUUCCGUCUGACGGUGGACGCACAUCACUUCCUGUGUACAGACGUGGCCCCUCCCUCUGUGGUGCGGAACCUGCAGGAAGGCUGUCAUGGGCCAAUCAGCAUGGACUACACCUCCCACAAGCUGCGUCAGGAGGGCGAGGAGGAGGGCAUGUACGUCCUGCGCUGGAGCUGCAUUAACUAUGACCACAUCCUCCUGACUGUCACAGGCAACGAGGUGGACCUGACCAAUAGUCGUCUGUACCGUAGCUUUAAGAUCGAGGUGGGGCCGGAGGGCUACAGCCUGAAUGGUACGGACCUGAGGCAGCCCUCCCUCAGGGAGCUGAUGGAACAGCUGAGGGGCCAGACUCUCAGUACAGACAGAGUCACCUUCCAGCUCCGCAAGGCCUGCCCUCCCCAGCCCAGAGAAAUCUCUAACCUUCUGUUCGUGACGAAGAGAGAGGCGGCGCCGACACACCCCAUACAGAGUCAACUCAUCUUCCACAGGAUCCUCAAAGAGGACAUAUUGCAGGAGGAGCACUUGGGCUGUGGCACCAGAACUAACAUCUAUGCUGGUAAACUGAAGAUAAAGUGUGAGGAAGAGAAGGAUGUAUGGGGUUCCCAAACCCACCACCAGGUCAAAGUGGUCCUGAAAGUGCUGCGGUCCCAACACAGGGACAUCUCUAUGGCUUUCUUUGAGACGGUCAGUAUGAUACAGCAGCUGUCCCACCAACACAUCGCUCUGCUGCACGGCGUCUGUGUUCGCAACCAGGACAAUAUCAUUGUGGAGGAGCAUGUGAAGCUGGGUCCUCUGGAUGUGUUCAUGAAGGGUUGUCGUCUUCAACUCAGCACUUCCUGGAAGUUCCAGGUGGCCCAACAACUGGCCAGCGUCCUCAGCUACCUGGAGGAUAAGAAGCUGGUCCAUGGUUAUGUAUCUGCUAAGAACAUCCUAGUGGAGCGGGAUGGCCUGGAGGGAGAGACUGGGCCCUUCAUCAAACUCAGUAGCCCUGGGGUCCCCAUCUCUGCACUCAACAGACAAGAGUGUGUGGAGAGGAUCCCGUGGAUCGCCCCAGAGUGUGUGGAGAGGAUCCCGUGGAUCGCCCCAGAGUGUGUGGAGAGGAUCCCGUGGAUCGCCCCAGAGUGUGUGGAGAGGAUCCCGUGGAUCGCCCCAGAGUGUGUGGAGAGGAUCCCGUGGAUCGCCCCAGAGUGUGUUAGGGACAGUCAGGUCCUGAGUGUUGCGGUGGAUAAGUGGGGCUUCGGCACCACGCUGUGGGAGAUCUGCUAUGAUGGAGAGGCUCCUCUCAAAGACAAGAAACUCAUAGAGAAGGAGAUGUUCUACUCGGCCCAGUGUUCCCUGGUGACCCCAGACUGCCCUCAGCUGGGUGAGCUCAUAACCAAAUGCAUGGCCUACGACCCCAAGAGGAGGCCGUUCUUCAGGGCCAUCGUCAGGGACCUCACCGGGGUGGCUGAGCAGAACCCAGCUUUGCCUCCUGGUAGGGUGCCCAUCCAGGAAGUGGACCCCACCGUGUUUGAAACCAGGUUCCUCAGGAAAAUCAAAGACCUGGGUGAGGGUCACUUUGGCAAGGUGGAGUUGUGUCAGUAUGACCCCCGUGGGGACGGCCGAGGGCAGCUGGUGGCAGUCAAGUCUCUGAAGCCAGAGAGCAGAGGCCAGCUGUGGAGAGAGAUAGACACCAUGAGAGAACUCUACCACCACAACAUCGUCAAAUACAGAGGAGUGUGUAGCGAGGAGGGUGGGAGAACCAUUAGGCUGAUCAUGGAGUACCUGCCAGCGGGGAGCCUGAAGGACUAUCUGCCCUGGAGGAAACACCAGACUGACCUCAAGAGACUUCUCCACUACGCCCUCCAGAUCUGCCAGGGAAUGGAUUACUUGGGAUCCCAGCGGUUCAUCCACCGGGAUCUGGCGGCCCGGAACGUUCUGGUGGAGAACGAGAGCACGGUGAAGAUCGGAGACUUUGGCCUGACCAAGAGCAUGAAGGAGGACAAGAGUUACUACACUGUCAAAGAGGAGACCGACAGCCCUGUCUUCUGGUACGCUCCUGAGUGCCUGGUGGACUGUAAGUUUUACCCUGCGUCUGACGUGUGGUCCUUCGGAGUGACCCUCUAUGAGUUGUUGACCUACUGUGAGACGAGCAGCAGUCCUACCACGGUAUUCUUGGAGAUGCUUCAUCCAACCCAGGGUCAGAUGAAUAUCACCCGAUUGGUGGAAGUGUUGAUGGCCGGCAGGAGGCUUCCCUGUCCACCUCACUGCCCAGAUGCAGUAUACUCUCUGAUGAGGAGGUGUUGGGAGAGUUCCCCAGAGAACAGGAUUCAGUUCAAAGACCUGAUCACAGAGCUGGAGCUGCUGCUGGACAAGAUCCACGGAGGAGAUGGACUGGCUGUCUGACCUGACAAAGCUGCUGCUGGAUGAGAUCCACGGAGGAGAUGGACUGGCUGUCUGACCUGACAAAGCUGCUGCUGGACGAGAUCCACGGAGGAGAUGGACUGGCUGUCUGACCUGACAAAGCUGCUGCUGGACGAGAUCCACGGAGGAGAUGGACUGGCUGUCUGACCUGACAAAGCUGCUUCUGGACGAGAUCCACGGAGGAGAUGGACUGGCUGUCUGACCUGACAAAGCUGCUGCUGGACGAGAUCCACGACGGAGAUGGACUGGCUGUCUGACCUGACAAAGCUGCUUCUGGACAAGAGGCACGGAGGAGAUGGACUGACUGUCUGACCUGACAAAGCUGCUGCUGGACGAGAUCCACGAAGGAGAUGGACUGGCUGUCUGACCUGACAAAGCUGCUUCUGGACAAGAGGCACGGAGGAGAUGGACUGACUGUCUGACCUGACAAAGCUGCUUCUGGACAAGAGGCACGGAGGAGAUGGACUGACUGUCUGACCUGACAAAGCUGCUGCUGGACAAGAGGCACGGAGGAGAUGGACUGUCUGUCUGAUCUGACAAAGCUGCUGCUGGACAAGAGGCACGGAGGAGAUGGACUGUCUGUCUGACCUGACAAAGCUGACACAUAGAUGGAUAGAUGAUAAUACUAGUGAUGCACCGAUAUGUCAUUUUUGGCUGAUACCGAUAUCCCAUAUUUUCCUUGCCAAAAAAACUGAAAAUGAAAUCCGAUAUUUAAAAUUUUAGCGCAUUAUAGUACAGUUAAAUAGUUAACACACACACACAUGGACG